GUCGGGGCCAAUUGAAGAGCGCUUCAAACUGUGGGGGCGUGGCCAAACACUCUGUGAAAAGGGCGUGUAUCUCGGUAGAAAGAGGCGGGAGCUGGUAGGAUUUGACUGUCAGAUGUAGUAGCCAAUGAGACAGAAAAAAGCACAAUGCCGGGCGAGGUUUGCGCUGCUACCUAUGAGAGACAGAGGCGGGGCUGGGGGAUCGGGCUGCAGGGGCAGAUGCAUGGGCGGAAACAGUCGCGGGAGAUUCAAAGUGACAGCGAGUGAGGCUGGACGCGGGCAGGGCGGAAGUGCGCAUCAUCCUCCUGGUCAGUGACCUACAGUACGUCAGCCAAGCAGCAGCAUAAUGUCCUUCACGUCGUCCAUCUUUAAGGAGAAGCAUGUAUCUCUAUUAUGCUGCAGGUUCUGUAAGCAGGUGCUAUGCACGCGUGGAAUGAAGGCAGAGCUGCUGAUGGACACAGACCAGGAGAUGUUUUCCACAGAUAUUCCCCCCAGCAAUACUGUGGACUUUGUCGGGAGCUGUUACUAUUUAGAAGCAUGCAGGUGCAAGCUGAAAAAUGUUGCUUGCUUAAAAUGUGGUAAUGAUGUUGGUUACCAUGUGGUGGCUCCAUGUCUGCCUUGUCUGUUGUCCUGUAAUAAUGGCCACUUCUGGAUGUUCCAUAGCCAGUGUGUGUACAGCAUCAACCGCCUGGACCAAUCAGGUGUGGACAUUCUGCUGUGGAGAGACCUGCCAGAUACAGAUGAAACACAUGAAGGGUUGUUAAGUGUGUAUGAAGAAGAGCAUGAACUAUGUCUCAGAUAGUGUGGGAUCUCGCUGAGCAGAGCAACUGGUGAAAGCACUAGUGAAAGGUUUGUUGUCUACAUUGGCCCAGUAUUUUCUUACAGCCACUGGAUUGCACAGAAAGAAAAACAAACUUUGACAGUCCAUGUGAUGAAGAAUUUCCUUUCCCCUAAGGAUUUACAAAUGCUAAGAAUUGGUUUAGAGAAAAUGCUGAUCAAUUUUACUGCUCUGCCUCCUAUAUUUAAAGGUCCGACUACAGUUUACAGGCCAUGAAAUGUGGCUGUCUGUUAUAUCUGAAUAUCAGUGCAGAAUAUUUGAAUCCUCAUAGAUCGUUUUUUUUUUUUAUUAUGGGGGUCAUCCUCCUUUAUGUGACAUUUAAUUUAUUCAUAUGUGCAUGCCCUACUGCAACUUUUACUUAAUUAUUAUUUUAACAUAGUAAAAGUUGCAAGACCGUAACAUAGGACCUAAUCAGACCUGAUUGCUGUUGUGCAAAAUCGCAAAGCGGACGAUUAUCGAAUGACUGCACAUGCGUACAGAUCAUAAUGUGCAGGCGUGAGGUCAAACUGAAACAAUCAUUCGUCUUUUUUGAUUGCUAGGCGUACGCAGAUUGAUUGGGUGGUAACUGGCCAUUUUUUGGGAGUGUCAGGGAGGGGAUGUGACGUCGACUCUGGCAUGAUCAGCCUGAUUCUAUCGCACUGUAGGAGUAAGUCCUGGGCUACGCACAGACUGGAAAAUUCAUUCGAUGGUGAGUUAGUUGUGAAUGGAUUUGCAGCUGACCGGCAUUUUACAAAGCUUUGUGCACGGCAAACGUAAACUUGCACGGGGCAGAUUUUUACUCUGGCUGAGCGGUUACUAUCCAAUCGCAAACCUCUGCAAAUUUGCAGAGGUGCAAUCAGGUCUGAAUUAGGCCCAUAAUCUCCAGGUGAUAAUCCUUUGUAGCUUUUUCUUUAUGCACAUCCUAAAUGUUUCUGUCCUAAUAAUGGGGCAGAUGUAUUAAC